AUAGUGAGCGUUGUGCAAUAUCUGACAAACAGUGAAACAGACGGCGGAUUGUAAGUGUACCAAAUCUGUUAUAGGUAAACUGGUAAAUUAGAAACAAUUUGUUAACAGGUUAUAGAACAAGAUUGUAACUUUUAAUUUCACAUAAUGGAAUAUAAUUUUGAGGAGUCGAUUAACAAAUUUGAUUGCUUGUUAGAUAAUCUCAUGGAAAGUGAUAUCAUUGUUGACGACGUGGAUUUGGGAGUCAAAGACGAAACUGAACUCUCCCCGAGUCAUUCCACGGAUAGCGGGUACGGUGAAAUCAUGACCAGCCCAAGUCACUCGGUGUCCAGUACAGAGGACGCCAUUUCUCUAAGUGACGAACAGAUGCAGCUUUUCCCAGACAGCUUGGAUCAGGAAAUCACGGGGUACUUGUCUCGUGAUGACUCUAACGAUUCUGUUGACAUUGUUUCAAUUGCAGCUCGAGCCCUAAAUACGCCACCCUUACACGACUUUGUUGAAUGUGACCAAACAAAUGAACAAGACAAUGCGUUGACAGUUGGAGCUAUUUCUCAUGCCAAAAUCUCGCGCAGGAAAACGCGAAGAUCAUCUAAAUCACAAAAUGCAUCAGAAUUUAAAGCAAAAGUGAAACAUGAACUAGGCAAAGAAAACAGCACCGUAUCAGUAUCAUCAAAAUUGCCCCCAAUCAAAGUUAUUAAGGUUAUCAAAACUAAAGAUACCAGCUCGAUGGAAGAAACGCAAGAACAAAUCUACGAGGCGAUGGAAGAAAGAAAUCGAAAAAAUGCCAUACAAGCUAAAAUGAAUCGCGAGAAGAAAAAGGUCUACAUUAAGAGUCUGGAAGACAAUGUAGAACAGUUGAAAAAGGAAAACAAAACCUUAAAGGUGAAUAAUGAAAAGCUGCAAAAAUCUUAUGAAACCAUGGAAGAAGAAUUGGAGUAUUUGAGAAGUGUUUUAGCAAACCAAAGUGCCUUAUCAAGCCUACUAAAAAACAUUCCACAGGUCAAAAAUGUGCAGUUGUCCUCAACCUUUUCUAGGAAAAGGAAGUCAAUUGAAAGUGACCAUGACUAUCCCUUAACUAAGAAGUCUGCGGAUUUAGCUGGAGUUUGUCUCCAUGUUCACCAGGAUAAAGUAUCGUUGGAAUUCUGUGCCAAGUGUUCGAGUGCUGCUUCUGUGAAUGGCGUAGUUCAGUGAAAACAUGUGAUUAUUGAAUCAAGUGAAUACCCAACUUGCCAUAGAGUGCACAAACCUAUCCCUGGUUGGCUACUAGGGGACUAGGUCCCAUAACUGGUGGUAUAAAGUAUCGACAGAAAGUUGGCUCAUAUCUUAACAGCAUAUUAAAGUUUUGAUUCAUUGUAAAUCAUUUAUUAUGAAAACUAUGGGUUUUUUUUCAUACUUUGUUAUGCUUGUGACGAUUUGAGCCAGUUAGAGAAAUCAUGUUUAUAAAAAACAAAAAAUCGACCACAAAAAAAGAAGAAAAAACUUGAAUCUGAUUAACUGACAUACAAUAUUGAUGCAAUGUAUAUGUGUAUGUAAUCAAGAAACAGUUAUUAAUGAUUUACAAGUUUCUUUACAGGAGAGUUUGGAUUUGCACACCCCAUCCAAGCUUUGAUCAAGAGCUCCAUUGGCAGACUUACCUUUUUUUGAGAGAAUCGACCUGAAAGAGUUGCAAUCCCCAAGAAAUUCUACAUCGGUUUAAGGCCUGAGUUCAUUAUUGUUAAACAGGUAGUAGUUGAUUGGGUUACAGGUAUGGUAUGGGACCCCAAUCAGGAAGGUUGCAUUGAUAAAUUUGGUGGGAAAAUAUUGCUAAGUGCUAAUCAGAAAAAAAACAUUACUUCAACAGCAAAAAAGAUCUCAGAAUCUGUUGUAUGGUCUUUUAACUAUUUAAAUACGUUAUGCACAUGUAUUUGUAUAGAUUAUACCAUUCAUGUUGUUAAUAAAAAUAAUGAUACAUGAAAAUGUUUUAUUUUUGCCAUGAACUAACAGAUGUCUUUUCAGUUUGCAGUCGUACCAGAGAAGAAAAAUGCGAUUCAAUGCUUUUAAACAGAACUAGUGCUACUGUUUAACUUGGAGGGAUGAUUGCUCCUCUUUUGGAUGGAUCUUGUGCACACCCACUGCAGAAAAACUAUAUACCCUUUAAAUUAUGAGUUUAGAAUAUUGGGAGCUGAAAGCCUUUGCAACUCUUGUUCACCAAAGCCCAAAUGUUCAGUUACUGUCACCAUCCAUUGAUACCACCCGAAUGAGAACUUAAAUUAGAUUUUAAGAUAAUGGAAAGUUGAAAGGUUAUUGUUAUCAUCUUAAUGGUAACAAUGUGUUUACAAUGUUACAGUUAAUGAAGUGUAAUGUAAUGGGAAAGUUUGAAAAUAGAACUAGUACUAAGAAAGUAUCAAAUUAAUCAAUAAUUGUAAGUCAAUUUGGACAAUUUAUAUGGAGAUUUUUAUAAAAGUUGUAGUCUGGACUAUUGACGCAGGAAAGGUUAAUCUAGAGUAAGUACUGACAAGCUUGGUUCACAAAAUUUCUUAAAAUUGCUUGAGUUUAAAUACAAUAAAUGUGAUGCUGUUUGUUUUAGGUAGUCAUUAGUUUUCAGUCGGUGGUUGUGCACAAGAUUAAGUCAUUGGAAUGAUGCGGGAAAACUGAUUAUGGAGAGAAUCUAAUUUAAAUUUGAGCUAUACAUAUUGCUAGAUUGCUCUAAAUAUAAUAAGUAGAAAAAAGAAAUUAAACUUAUGAAACCAAGGAGGCAGUAGGCACGCAUGGCUGUAUGUAUACACAUUAAAGGAAGCAUCUGUAACUUUAGAAGUGCUAGAUGUAUUCACUUAAAUCAAUGAUAUAAAUAAAUGAUUUUGUCAAUUUGGCAAUCUAUUUUUUAAAAAAUUAGACUCGUAAAUCCACUACGCAGAGGAGCGAAUCUACAAGUCUAAUUUAAAAUUUUAGAUUGUUGCUUUAGUGCCAUUCUUCACUCAAAUCAAAACUGAAUUAAGGUCAUGCGACACGUUCCUCAAUUAUAUAUAACUAUAUCAGGAAUGUGUUGAUGGUUUACUACUAUUUUGACGAGAUUUCUUGCAAAAAAUUAGUGUACCUUGCCAGGCAUUUCUGCAAAAUACUAGAGUUUGCAAUUUUCUAUAUAAUCAUCUUGAAAAUACACUUGAAUUGCUGAUAUAAAAAUAAAUACGUAUACAGCACAGUAAAAUUCACUUUAUUGGACCUCUAUCUCGGCCGGGGCGGGGCUUUGAACACACGACAUCUAGAACCUAUAAGUUUCUGGCAGUGAGCGGCCAUGGUUCUAGACACGUUACCACAUCAAAUUGAAUUUUAAUCAUUUUUAGAAUAAUUUUAUAAAAUUAACAUUUUUUAUUGGAACUCUUUAUUACGAGGAGAUACAAAAAAGAUUCUCAAGGAACGUGUCGUCUGACCUUAAGUUGGCCAUGACAACUUGUCGUAUGAACAAAACACGUCUAUGGUCUGUCCCAAGAUAUUGCUUUGGCCAUGACAACUUGUCGUAUGAACAAAAUACGUCUAUGGUCUGUCCCAAGAUAUUGCUUCUAUCACUUUUUGAUGAUUUUUUUUAAAUAAAAUACAUAUACCUUUGAAAGAAUGUUGAAAGGGAGAAUAUAUAGGAUUUCUUCAUUGACACAUCGAUUCAUUUUUCACUCGCGGGAGCGAAAACGAAUUUCAGAGAUCUUGUGGAGAUUUCACAAAAAAUCAAGAAAGGAAAAUAUAUAUAACUUGUCAUUUUAAAAUAAGAUGAAAAAUGAAUAAUUCAUUUGUAAAGUGUUUUUAACAUGGGACCAAGUAAAAACGUUAAAAUGACGUUGCGAUGAGUUUGUGGUUGCGCCGGGUCAUUAGAAGUAGGCAAGAUUGUUAGCUUACCAGGAAUGAACAAAUGAUGUUAUCAACUUCAAAAUGUGUACAUUAAUAAAAGACAAACUAGAUUAUUUUCAGGUGAAAUUUCAAAGAUUUAUCUUUUUUCCCAUGGGAGUAAGAGUAAAUGUCUCGAUAAUUUCCGAACAACCCUCGUAUGAGUAAGAAGGAAUCAUUCUUUUGAAUAUGAGGUGACAAUUUCGGUCGGAGCGUGGUCAAAUCUAUCGUAGACCUUUUUGCUUUUAUUGGAUUUGAUCACGCCCCGACCGAAAUUAUCACAUCGUCAUGAAUGAUUCCUUAUUCCUUAAAUAAAACGCAAGCCGAGCAUAUAUUCUACAACAUAACACUUUAGAAAAUACUAAUUCACGGACAAAAGUAUUGUCUUAUUCAUUGGCCUGAAUCCGAAAAAAACUUAAGGGUCAUCCACACCUUUGGGAAAAGUUCUAACCCCGGGACCAUAAAAUUAACACGAACUCGCUUUUUACAAAAGGAACAUUUAUAUAGUGAAAAUCGAAAGUGAGCUUGUCUAACUUUUAUGACCCCGGGGCCUGUAUACAAGCCCAAACUUCUAAAUUACUUAAAGAUAUGGAUUCCAAGCAUGUGUUUGGCUUAAAAAUGAAAUAAAAAGGUUUCAAUUUUGGGAAUAAUAUCAACUUUUGAAAUUUUACCUCUAUUAAUUAAAACAAAAGUCCCUUCAGUAUUCGAACUCUGGACCUGCGGGUCAGUAGAUCGAAGCUUCACCCAUUGCGCUAGAGAGAUAAACACUAAUAUUUGGCGAUAACUGAUUCAUAAUGGGUAAAUUAAAGUCGCCAUGUUGUAAUGUACUGUCAUAAAGAGAAAAAGCAGUGGGAUGUCGAGGAUCAUUACAGCUAAAUAUAAAUCCUCAAAAGGGGGUCCGGACACCCUAACCCCUUCUGGUAAAUUAAAAAAUUUUAAAUUAGAAAAAAUAUAUCGAACCUCGGACCACCCCCCUAGCGGAAAACGUAAACAUCCUUUCCACCCCUUACCACUAGAUUGGAAAAAAGGUUCCGGAUCCGCGCAUGCUUGAUAAAUAUUAACUGAUAAUGCAUCAAACACCAUGCUCAGUUUUUGUACCGACCUGUUCGGACUCAUUUUUUAAAAAUUGUAGCUGGGUUGGACCUCUGAUGAGUGGCAGACCCUGGAACGUUUCCUAAAUGUGCCCGAAACACUGAUUCGUUUCAUAUGUCA